AUGGGUUUCCGCUUGCCAGUGAUCGUACAAUCCAAGAAAGCAAUCCGACGGGCUAUGUCUACUCCAAUAUCUUCAAACAUACCCAAAGGGCACCUUGCAGUAUACGUGGGAGAGACGGAGAGGAAACGCUACGUAGUCCCAAUUUCAUACUUGAAGCAUUCUUUUUUCCAGAGCUUGUUAAGCAAAGCAGAAGAAGAGUUUGGGUUUGAUCACCCAACGGGUGGUCUUACAAUUCCUUGCACAGAAGAAGAUUUCAUUGAUAUCACCCGCAGCUUGAAUUGUUCAUGA